ACUCCAAGUCCAAGUCUACUCUAUACUCACACACUUGCAGUUGUUGUUGUUGUUAGGAUACUGGACUGUUGAUUGGUGUAUCUGGUAGCUGCUGUUAAUACCUACCGCCUAGAUGAGUUAAUAAGUGUAGCAGUAGCUGGUGUUUGCUUGUGUUUUAAUAGAGUUUCACAGACAGUAUCAGUGUUGAUCAUCACCGGGUACGAAUACAUGAGCUGUUAGAUCGGCUAACAACCCAACAAAAAUAAUCUAUUCAUUUAUUAAUUCACUGGCUCCGGUUCUCUUCACGCACGAUACGAUACGAUACAGUAGUUCUGCGAUUCGAGUUAUAUUAGGUAACGAGGUUGUCAAUCGAGUGAGUGCGCUCGGCUAUAUGCCAGUCAAGGUGGAGCUGGAGCAAGGAUCCAAAGGGAUCUCCAGGAGCUUCAAUGUCUUCCAAUAAUCUGGACACGGACUCAUCGCCUCCGAUUAUCCAGGAUACAGAGGAGAAAGAAGCCAGAAUAAAUAAUGAACUGAAUGAGAAAUGCGAAUUGAAGGACAUUGAUCAUGAUGUCAAAAAAUUAGAACUCAUACCAGUACCUCCUCUGUACGUCACUCGGCAGGAUUCCGGAGUGCCUGAGGAUCUUGCGUCACCAUGCGCAAAAGAUUCAGCGCAAAACGAUGAUAACUUGGAUGACACAGCCAACAGUGACUGCAAUGUCACGGUAAUUCAUGUGUCGGAGACAUUAGCCGAGAGUAAAGAUAACAAGGAUGGCAGUGAUAGUGGAGUCGAAGGCUGUACGACUGAAAUUGUCCAGACAAACGGAUACUCUGGAAGCUGCAAUGGUCUCGAUGAGGUCAGCUGCGACUCGAGUCUAGUGAGCUGCUGCUCAGUGUACGAAGAUCCUUGCGGACAACUACCAGACGAUUUGAGACUGACUCCGGGUGCUGUUAGCAGCGGAGAAGCCAGUGGAUCGUCUCGGACAAUUCCUCGAGGUAAUGGAGAAGCGACUAGCGAAGGUGGCAGUGAAAGCUCCUCUGUCGCCGGUAGCACUAGUGCCCGGGUAGUAUGGACGACACCGAAACGACCGCAGGCAAAUGUCAACGUGACGUCUUGUAAAAAAAAAAUAAUAAAAGUUGAAACCUCACCUAAGAGUUCACGUGGAAGAUCCACUUUGCCUGAAGAUGAUUCACAUCGAACUCCUUCCACUACUAGGAGUAAAAGCCGCUCGCAAACUCCGCGAGCAACGCCUUCCAAGCCGCAGACUGUCUCGCGCGAAAGAGCCAAGUCUCGAGACAAGUCCGCGGCUCGCAGUAAUGUCGAGUCUAAGGAAACUGCUAAGUCCUGGACCUCGACUGCAAGCACACGAACGAGAACGAGAACACGUCCGAUUCCCGACACAUUGACGUUGUCAGGAACUUCUGCGCUGGCUAAGGAAAUUGAUAAAGAUCUUGCUGCGAGGGGAGUUGGUCGCGGUACUAGUUUGUCACGAUGUCCUUCAACUUCAUCUCGAGGACGGAGUACCGCUGGCUCAACACCUUCGGAGGAGUUCAGAAGACCUCUGACUACUUCGAAAACAAGCAAAACUCUUACGCGAUCAGUGCAAGAGACUAAAAAAUCAAACGAGGUCAAGUGUGCUGAGAGUAAAGCUCUAGAUACUUAUGGAACCUUCCCGAGGAGAAAUAAAUCACGGAUGUCAAUCUUUAAGCCAGAAGAAGUUCAAAAAAUAGUCAAUAGAGAUUCGAGUCUUAGUAGAGCCGAUAAAGGAAAAAAAAGAGUAAAUUCACGUGAGUCUGCGUUAAAUCACAAGGGCUUACCUCCAACUUCUAGGUCCAAGGGUUCGGACAAAAUUAUAAUUUACCACGAAAUGAGUGUACAGACGGGUCUGACGGGUCAAGAUAUUGAGGGAGCUAUGGCAGGUCUUCCAACGAAAAACUAUGGACCUGAAAUUCCUGAUCGUGUUACGCGCGAGUGUCAGACUGAAGCCAAUGUUGUGUCUCAAGAAGAACUUAAGAGUGCGCUGGACGAAGCAAAACGUUUUGCUGCGGAAGUGGCGGCAAUGAAACAAGAGAAGGAAAAAUUAGAAUCAAAAUUAUCAGCGACUGAACGUCAAUUAGCUAAAGAACGCGCUGACCAUUCGUUUACUCGUCAAGAAUUGCAAAGCAAUUCGCGGAGAAUCCUCGCGAUUCUCGGAACACCAGCGUCGGAGCAGUCUGAAGGCGGCGACAGUCUUCUGGAACUUGAGUCUCACUUCCAAGAGUCGGGUCAAGUCGUCGCAAAUCAGCAACUCGAAAUAGCAAAUCUUCAAAAUCUCUGUCGAAUGCUGAAUCAAGAUCUAGAAAAAAGUUUGGCUGCUCAGAAGACUUUGUUCCAACAUCAGCAGGAAGUCGAGGCUGAGACAAUGGAGCUGCAGGAAUUUUUACAGCUGGAGAAGACAACAAUUGCUGAAGCUAUGAAAGAAGUCGAAGCGGAUUUGAAGGAAAAAGAAGAACUGCUCGCUACUAAAAGCAAAGAAUUGGAGUCAAAAACUGAUGAAUGCAAACAUCUUGUUCGUCUAAGUGAGCAAAGACGUCAGGAGAACUUGACACUCGAGCUAAAAUUAAAUGCCGUCGAGCGCAAAAGCCGUGAAUUGAUUGUCAUUCAGGGCGCUGCUGUUUCAGGAGCUGCUGUUGCUCUUUCUGGACUUGGCUCGCGGUUAGAAGGACUCGUUGAGCAGCUGGUAAAGUCUUACAAGAUCUCGGAAAAAGAUUUGGAAGACGUCGUCUACCAUAACGAGGCUUACAGCAGAAGCAACAGCAGCGGCGAAUCAAGUCCUGUUAGUUCAAAGCAGUACAGUUUGAAAGAUUGUACCCCCAGUCCUAAGCACAACUCCUUUGUAUCAGCAGUAAUCGGUGCCAUUAGAAACGCCGCGACUCAUCCAUUUGUCAGCCGACCGAGCAGCAAAAAGUCCGACGCAAAGCAACAGAUGUUCAAGGAAUUGAGUAUGGAAUCAUCAGCAGAUCUUUUAGAUUUUGAAACCGAACCGUGUCUUAUGAUGGAAAGUGUUCUUGAGGAUGUCUCAAUACCCGACACUUACUCAAGAAAUAUGGUGUCCAGUAGCGACUCUUUAAGAAGAGCUCUAAGUGUUCCUGAACCCAUCACUGACGAUGUCACAUCACUUUACAAAAGUGAUGAGUGCUCUAGUCUCACCAAUCUCUCUCAAGCCAUUUUGAACCGACGUCAAGCCGAAGAACAGGAUGCUGAAGAUGACGACGAUGACUGUGAGUCUGUAAGCGAAUCCGAAGCUACUAGACACACUGACGUUACCGUGCCAACAGCCGAUUAUUGCACUGCCGUAAAUCUUGUCGAUCAAGUUAUUGAUGUUGAUAAUCUCGUGACUAAGCUACUCAAGGUACUGAGAAUAAUUCAACUUGAUAACGACACAUGCAUCCGGGAACUUCGUGAUAUGAAAUUAGAAUUAGAGGGACGACUUGCCGUAGGCAUUAAACAAAUCGACGAUGUAAAGAAAUGUAAUUCCGAUGAGUCUGUACUCCAGGAUAAGGAUCAAGAAAUGAAAGAAAAUAUUCCCGAUAAUUGUAAAUCUAUUGAAAAUGGAGUUUCUUAAACAACGACAGCUCAAUUAUACAAAAAAAAAAUAGCUCAUUAAUUCCCGUCCUGGAGCAAUUUUAAUUAGCAUUCUAGUCUAUAUUUCCUUGGACAAUCGACGUUAAGCUUAAAGUGAUCUCGCUUAAAAAUAUACGCUUACCUUUGCACUUUAAAAAUAUUUAAAUCUUAUUAUUGUAUUCGAUUUAAUUACCGAAGAAAUCGCUGUCUUCUUUUUUAAAUCGCAUUUAUUUAAAAGAACAAAUUAUUUUUAUUAUUAUUUUUUCAUAAUUUGACUUUAUUUAAAAAAAUUACAGGACUUGGACAAAUCGGGAAAUUGUAUUAUAGAAUUAACGAACAAAUUUAAAAAAAAAAAACUUCAGGGUCUAGCAGUUUACUAAAAAAAUUUUAAUGUUCUGCCAGUAAUUGUACAGAUAUAGACUCUAGGAAUUUUUUUACGUACAAAAAAUGCAUAAAUGUUAUUGAAAAUAACGAAUACAAAGCAGAAUAUAUGCUACUAAAUACUUUUGUCUGUAUUCUAAUACCAAAUAAAUAUCAUUUUAAUAAAAAAAAAAAAA